AUGGAAAAUAAAUUUCAUGAGUGCUUUGUUGAAUCAAAAAACAGUUAUAAUAAAUCAAGAACCCACAUGAAAGUGUUGCUGUUCUCUUAUUUUUGUUUCUUUGUAUAUACAUGGUAUAUUAAUAUAGUGUGUGUGUAUCCUUUAAAAUUUAGUAACACGUAUUUUAUUUAUUAUUUUAUAUUACAAGGUUUAGGGGGGUUAUUCCUUGGGUUUCUAUCAGAUAUAUAUGGAAGAAAAUUAUGUUUAAAUAUAUCUUUUUUUAUAUUAUUAAUAAUUUUUAUUGUUUCUUUUAUUACUAUAAAGACAUCCUAUUUUUUGUUUUAUGAUAAAGUACCUGCAACAAAUAGAAAUGAAAAGGGACUAGAUUUACUCUUUUAUAGUAAUGAGCCUCAUACAAAUAUAAAGACCUAUUAUGAACAAAACAAACCACCAAAUAAUCAACAUAAUAAUAAUAAUAAUAAUAAUAAUAAUCUUUAUAGUAGUAAUAAUAAUUUAUAUGUUAAUUAUAAAGAUGUAUAUAAUUUCUUAAUAAAUUAUGAACAAGAUAUAAAAGCAAAUGAUGAAUAUAUAAAGAGAGACAUGAAUCUUAAUGAUCAUCAUCAUAAUAAUAAUAAUAAGAAUAAUCUUUAUAUUAAUGCAAAUAAUGUUGGAAGAAAUGAAAAUAUAAAUAUUGAAAAUAAUUAUAUUAAUAAUGAUCAGAUUGAUAAUACAAACAAUUUAAUUAUAAAUAAUAAAAAGAAAAAAACAAAUAAAAAGAGCUACAACAAAGUGGGUUAUUCCUCACACAUAUAUAAAAAUAAUAACACAGAUAUAUAUAAUGAUAUAUAUAAUGAUGUAUAUAAUGAUAUAUAUAAUGAUGAUAAUAAAAAAAGUGAUAAUUACACUUAUGAAGAUGAUAAUUUUGUUUAUCAUCCUAACUAUAAUAUAAAUUAUUAUGAAAUAUAUUUUAAAAAUAAAAAUGACCACAAUAAAAAUAACAAAGAAAAAAAAUAUUAUCAUGAUGAUAUUAUUACAGAAGCAAAUAACAACGAAAAUAUUUAUGAUGAAGGGUAUGUUAAAAAUAAAAUAUCACAAGAAGAAUUACAACAAAUUAUUUUAGAUAUAAUGAAUAAAACAUUAGAAAGUAUUAAUAAGAAAUAUAUAUUAAAAAAUGAUAAUACAUUUAUUAGUUUUAUGAAAUUAUGUAUAGAAAAUAAUAUAAAUAAUAACAAUAAUAAUAAUAAUAAUAAUAAUAAUAAUUUGAUAGAUAUUAUUAAUGAUGCAUAUAAAUUUGAAAACGAUAAUGUUGCUAUUCUUAAAAAUUCACAUACUAAUAAAACAUCUAAUCAUACUUCAAAUAAUUUAAGAAACAAAAAAAUUAAAAUAAUUACUUCUAUAAUUAAUAAUAAUAUAAAUAAUCUACAAGAAAUAUGUAUUAAUCAAAUUAUAAAUAUAUAUAGAAUUUUUAAAAAAAUGAAUUGUUUCAAUAAAGAAAAAACAAAUCACACACACAAUAAUAAUAAUAAAUAUAAUUAUGAUGAAGAAGAUAUUUAUAGUAUUCAACGAUGUGUCGAAUACAUAAAUAAUGAUAUAAUAAAACAUAAAAAUUAUAAUAAUCAAACAGCAUUAUUAUAUAAAAGCAAUAUAAAUAAUAAUAAUCUAUUAUCUGAAUAUUCAGAUGAAGAUAAUGAUAUUAAUAAUAAAGAAAAUUAUAUUUUAUAUUUUUAUAAAAUUAUUUUUUAUAUUAUUACUUGUAUCAGUGGUUUAUUUAUUAAAGGUAUUAAUAAUAUGUUAUGUUUAAUUAUCACAGAAAAUAUUAACUCAAAAUAUAAAACUAAAGCAGUAUGCUUAAUAUUUAUUUUAGAAAACAUAUCUUUAAUUAUUAUUCGAUCAUUAUUUUAUCUUAAUAUCUUUAUAAAUAUAUUUUAUUUAUACAAAAUAAAUCUAGCAGUAUGUUUCUUCUUAAAUAUAUUAAAUAUUUUCAUAUUAAACAAAUACUGUAAUCAACUUAAUAUACCUGUUUUAGAAAUUCAAAAAAAUAUAUUACAAAAUUUUUAUUCAAAUAAUGAUUGCAAAUCGUUGCAAGAUAUUCAACCUAACAUAUCACAUAACAGUAACAAUAAUAUGUCUUUUAUCUUAAGAAAUGAUGAAAAUAUAAAUGAUUCCAUGAUAUAUACCAACAAUCAAAACAUAAAAAAUGAAGCAAGCAAUAAUAAUAGUAAUAAUAAUAAUAAUAAUAAUAGUAAUUAUAAUAAUAAUAAUAGUAAUUAUAAUAAUAAUAAUAGUAAUUAUAGUAAUAAUAACAAAAGAGAUAUAAGAUUGGAUCUGAAUCAUAUAAAUCAAAGCAGCCAGAGUAGUAGCCCUCAUUAUAGUCAAGACGAUAAUUGUAGCGAUUCAAGUGAAGAAGAAGAAGAAGAAGAAAAACAAAAAGUAGGACAAUAUCUUAACGAACAAACAAAAUAUAAUAUACAAAAUAACAAAUCAUUGAAGAAAGAAAAAAAAAAAAAAAAAAAAAAAAAAAAAAAUAUUUCAAGUGAUGAUUCUAUGAAAGAUCUUUCCUUUGAUGAAUUACUAGAAAAUAAUUUCCAAAGAUCAAAAAAGAAAAAUAUGAAUGAAUCUGAAAAAAAAUUAUGUUCAAAUACAUGUAUAAAUUAUAAUCAUAUAUUAAAUUGUAAUAUAAUUAAAGAUACAGAAGAGAAUAUAUUUAUAGAAAAAAUAAAAAAUAGUAAAGAAUUUAUAGAAUAUAAAGAAUAUCUUAAAAAUAAUAAUAUAUUUAAAAUAUAUAUGAAAUGGUUAUAUUAUACAUUAAAUGCUCAUAAAUAUUUAAUUAUAUCAUUAUGUAUAUUAAAUUUUUUAUUUAAUUUCUUAUAUAUUAGUUUCUUUAUUAUAUAUAAUAUAUUUAUAUAUGAUAUAAAGAAUGUUUCUAAUUUCUAUAAAAUAAAUGAUUUAUUUAUAAUUUUAAAUUCUGUAAUACUUAUAUUUUAUAUAUUCUUAUAUUUCUAUUUACAUCGUAUUAUAUUAAAAAUAUUAAAUCUAUUUGGAUAUUUAUUAAUUACAUUUGUAUCUUUUUCACUUAUAUUGUUUUUAUAUUCAACAUCAUAUUUUCAUAUAUCUUUAUAUGAUAAUACAUAUAUUAUAUAUACUAUUAUAUUCUAUCUAUUCUUGUUUAUUCCUAAUGUAUCUUUAUUCUUAUUUUCUAUUAAUUAUUUUCAUACUAUAUAUAAAGGAUUCUUCUUAGGUCUAUUUACAUUAAUAGGAAAUCUUGGAUUUGUAUUCUAUGCUCUACUCCGAUUUACUAUACAACAGAAAUAUAUGACACUCUAUAAUUUAAUAUUCUCAUGUGUUAUUUGUAUUAUAUCAUCCAUAUUUAUUAUUCUUUUUAUUCCUCAAAUUAAUUCAACCAUAGAUUUUCAUAUUGUAGAUAAUUCCUAUUUUAAUCAUUUCUUGUUAUAUAGAUAUAAUAAAAAGAAGGUAUCACCUCUCUUUACCUCACUAUCUUUUAAAUAUGAAAUGCCCGACAAAUGA